AUGGAGGGGCUGGCGGCCGAGUUCCUGCAGGUGACCGCGGUGACGCGGGCCUACACCGCGCCCUGCGUCCUUACCACCCACGACGUGUUGAGCCGGGUGGGCGGGCCGGUCGUCGCCAUGGUUACAACCCGGGGCGGCGGUCGCCGUGGUUACUGCCCUGGAGGGGGAUCGCCAUCGUUACAAGGGGGUCGCCUUGGUUACGGUGGAUCCCGGGCAGCCCCUGACGCCCGCCUGGUUCUGCAGCAGCUGGAGCUCCUCAGCCCCUUCCAGCUCUACUUCAACCCGCACCUCGUGCUCCGGAAGUUCCAGGUCUGGAGGCUCGUCAACAACUUCCUCUUCUUCGGGCCCCUGGGAUUCAGCUUCUUCUUCAACAUGCUCUUCGUGUUCCGCUACUGCCGCAUGCUGGAGGAGGGGUCCUUCCGCGGCCGCAAGGCCGACUUCGUCUUCACGUUUCUCUUCGGGGGCGUCCUCAUGACCCUGCUGGGGCUGCUGGGCAGCCUGUUCUUCCUGGGCCAGGCCCUCACAGCCAUGCUGGUGUACGUCUGGAGCCGCCGCAGCCCUCGAGUGAGGGUCAGCUUCUUCGGCCUCCUCACCUUCCAGGUGCCGUUCCUGCCCUGGGCGCUCGUGGGCUUCUCCCUGCUGCUGGGCAACUCCAUCCUCGUGGACCUGCUGGCGUCUCUCUUCUUACAGCGCCUUGAACAAGCCAGCCAGCCUGUAGGCUUCACAUCUUCAGGCCUGACCUGCUGGGAUUGCCGUGGGCCACAUCUCCUACUUCCUGGAGGAUGUCUUCCCCAACUAGCCUGGAGGCAAGAGGCUGCUGCUGACCCCCAGGUUCCUGACAAUCCUGGGCUACCCCCUUGCCAGAAGAUGAAAGAAAGGCGGGCUGACCUUCUGAAUGCUCCGUGGGAGCUAAGUGCCGCGUCCGUCAGAGUCUCCAGCAGCGGACACCACUGGUCAGCAUCGCCUGUGUUCCGGAUGGCAAUCUCCACCGUGGGCAGGGGGUUCUCACUGUGGGGCAGAGAGAGGAGUACCUGCUGGUCCACGGAGCAGCAGCUGGAAGGCCCUCAGAAACCACUGUGCAUGCCCCCCUCCUCCAACAGAUAGAACAGGAGAGCCAGGGCAUGGUGGGAAGGCCCAGGCCUCUCCUGCCUCCUCUGCCUCCU